CAACAUAAAAUUCAAACUCUUUAACGUGGUUUUAUUAUCUGACCCCUGCCUACCUUUCACCCCUUCCUUCCAUGUCACAUACCCCACCUGUUCCCAUGCACUUUACACUCAAGUAAUAAAAAUAGCUCAUAUUGCAGGGAACGGGCAGCAUUCUUUAUGGUCUGUGCUUUAUGCACGCAUAACCCUUUCAUCAGUUCUCUUUGAAAUUCCUACUAAUCUAUAAUAUUCUACUGAAACUUUACCUCUCUGAAGCCUUCCUUUAACCUCCUCAGGCUUUUCCAUAUUCCGUCUUGUAACAAUUAUAACAUUGUUAAAGUUGUUUCCCCAAUAAACUGAGUCCCUCCACAACAGAAAGGAAGCAUCUUACUUACCUUUGUUUUCCUACCAUGCUUAGCCUGGAGCCUGACAUUAAGCAGGUUUCUGCUUUGGGACAGACAUACAUCUAAUUCCUUAAAGUAGUUUUAUAUGUAAAACUUGUAAAGGAUCAGAACAAUGCCUCCACGACCAUCAUCAGGUGAACUGUGGGGCAUCCACUUGAUGCCCCCAAGAAUCCUAGUAGAAUGUUUACUACCAAAUGGAAUGAUAGUGACUUUAGAAUGCCUCCGUGAGGCUACAUUAAUAACUAUAAAGCAUGAACUAUUUAAAGAAGCAAGAAAAUACCCUCUCCAUCAACUUCUGCAAGAUGAAUCUUCUUACAUUUUCGUAAGUGUUACCCAAGAAGCAGAAAGGGAAGAAUUUUUUGAUGAAACAAGACGACUUUGUGACCUUCGGCUUUUUCAACCCUUUUUAAAAGUAAUUGAACCAGUAGGCAACCGUGAAGAAAAGAUCCUCAAUCGAGAAAUUGGUUUUGCCAUUGGCAUGCCAGUGUGUGAAUUUGAUAUGGUUAAAGAUCCAGAAGUACAAGACUUCCGAAGAAAUAUUUUGAAUGUUUGUAAAGAAGCUGUGGAUCUUAGGGAUCUCAAUUCACCUCAUAGCAGAGCAAUGUAUGUCUAUCCCCCAAAUGUAGAAUCUUCACCAGAACUGCCAAAGCAUAUAUAUAAUAAAUUAGAUAAAGGGCAAAUAAUAGUGGUGAUUUGGGUAAUAGUUUCUCCAAAUAAUGACAAGCAGAAGUAUACUCUGAAAAUCAACCAUGACUGUGUGCCAGAACAAGUAAUUGCUGAAGCAAUCAGGAAAAAAACUCGAAGUAUGUUGCUAUCCUCUGAACAACUAAAACUCUGUGUUUUAGAAUAUCAGGGCAAGUAUAUUUUAAAAGUGUGUGGAUGUGAUGAAUACUUCCUAGAAAAAUAUCCUCUGAGUCAGUACAAGUAUAUAAGAAGCUGUAUAAUGCUUGGGAGGAUGCCCAAUUUGAUGCUGAUGGCGAAAGAAAGCCUUUACUCUCAACUGCCAAUGGACUGUUUUACAAUGCCAUCUUAUUCCAGACGUAUUUCCACAGCUACACCAUAUAUGAAUGGAGAAACAUCUACAAAAUCUCUUUGGGUUAUAAAUAGUGCACUCAGAAUAAAAAUUCUUUGUGCAACCUAUGUGAAUGUAAAUAUUCGAGACAUUGAUAAGAUCUAUGUUCGAACAGGUAUCUACCAUGGAGGAGAACCCUUAUGUGACAAUGUAAACACUCAGAGAGUACCUUGUUCUAAUCCCAGAUGGAAUGAAUGGCUGAAUUAUGAUAUAUACAUUCCUGAUCUUCCUCGUGCUGCUCGACUUUGCCUUUCCAUUUGCUCUGUUAAAGGACGCAAGGGUGCUAAAGAGGAACAUUGUCCAUUAGCCUGGGGAAAUAUAAACUUAUUUGAUUACACGGACACUCUAGUAUCUGGAAAAAUGGCUUUGAAUCUUUGGCCAGUACCUCAUGGAUUAGAAGAUUUGCUGAACCCUAUUGGUGUUACUGGAUCAAAUCCAAAUAAGGAAACUCCAUGCUUAGAGUUGGAGUUUGACUGGUUCAGCAGUGUGGUAAAGUUUCCAGAUAUGUCAGUGAUUGAAGAGCAUGCCAAUUGGUCUGUGUCCCGAGAAGCAGGAUUUAGUUAUUCCCAUGCAGGACUGAGUAACAGACUAGCUAGAGACAAUGAAUUAAGAGAAAAUGACAAAGAACAGCUCCGAGCAAUUUGUACACGAGAUCCUCUAUCUGAAAUUACUGAGCAAGAGAAAGAUUUUCUGUGGAGCCACAGACACUAUUGUGUAACUAUCCCUGAAAUUCUACCUAAAUUGCUUCUGUCUGUUAAAUGGAAUUCUAGAGAUGAAGUAGCCCAGAUGUACUGCUUGGUGAAAGACUGGCCUCCAAUCAAACCUGAACAGGCUAUGGAGCUUCUAGACUGUAAUUAUCCAGAUCCUAUGGUUAGAGGUUUUGCUGUUCGAUGCUUGGAAAAGUAUUUAACAGAUGACAAACUUUCUCAGUACUUAAUUCAGCUAGUACAGGUCCUAAAAUAUGAACAAUAUUUGGAUAACCUGCUUGUGAGAUUUUUACUCAAGAAAGCAUUGACUAAUCAAAGGAUUGGGCACUUUUUCUUUUGGCAUUUAAAAUCUGAGAUGCACAAUAAAACAGUUAGUCAGAGGUUUGGUCUUCUCUUGGAGUCGUAUUGUCGUGCAUGUGGAAUGUAUUUGAAGCACCUGAAUAGGCAAGUUGAGGCAAUGGAAAAGCUCAUCAACUUAACUGACAUUCUCAAACAGGAGAAGAAGGAUGAAACACAAAAGGUACAGAUGAAGUUUUUAGUUGAGCAAAUGAGGCGACCAGAUUUCAUGGAUGCUCUACAGGGCUUUCUAUCUCCUCUAAACCCUGCUCAUCAAUUAGGAAAUCUCAGGCUUGAAGAGUGUCGAAUUAUGUCCUCUGCAAAAAGGCCACUGUGGUUGAAUUGGGAGAACCCAGACAUCAUGUCAGAGUUGCUGUUUCAGAACAAUGAGAUCAUCUUUAAAAAUGGGGAUGAUUUACGACAAGAUAUGCUAACACUUCAAAUUAUUCGCAUUAUGGAAAAUAUCUGGCAAAAUCAAGGUCUUGAUCUUCGGGCAGGUAGAAGAAAAGAUUCUAUAAGAGAAAUGGUCAAAGGAGCACAAGUAUCAGAAAUGUUACCUUACGGUUGUCUGUCAAUCGGUGACUGUGUGGGACUUAUUGAGGUGGUGAGAAAUUCUCACACUAUUAUGCAAAUUCAGUGCAAAGGCGGCCUGAAAGGCGCAUUGCAGUUCAACAGCCACACACUACAUCAGUGGCUAAAAGACAAGAAUAAAGGAGAAAUAUAUGAUGCAGCCAUUGACCUGUUUACACGUUCAUGUGCUGGAUAUUGUGUAGCUACCUUCAUUUUGGGGAUUGGAGACCGUCACAAUAGUAACAUCAUGGUGAAAGAUGAUGGACAACUGUUUCAUAUAGAUUUUGGACACUUUUUGGAUCACAAGAAGAAAAAAUUUGGUUAUAAACGAGAACGUGUGCCCUUUGUUUUGACACAAGAUUUCUUAAUAGUGAUUAGUAAAGGAGCCCAAGAAUGCACAAAGACAAGAGAAUUUGAGAGGUUUCAGGAGAUGUGUUACAAGGCUUACCUAGCUAUUCGGCAGCAUGCCAAUCUCUUCAUAAAUCUUUUCUCAAUGAUGCUUGGCUCUGGAAUGCCAGAACUACAAUCUUUUGAUGACAUUGCAUAUAUUCGAAAGACUCUAGCCUUAGAUAAAACUGAGCAAGAGGCUUUGGAAUAUUUUAUGAAACAAAUGAAUGAUGCACAUCAUGGUGGCUGGACAACAAAAAUGGAUUGGAUCUUCCACACAAUUAAGCAGCAUGCAUUGAACUGAAAUGAUAACUGAGAAACUGAAAGCUCACUAUCUGGAUUCUACACUGCACUGUUAAUAACUGUCAACAGGCAAAGACUGAUUGCAUAGGAAUUGCACAAUCCAUGAACAGCAUUAGAAUUUACAGCGAGAACAGAAAUAAAAUACUAUAUAAUUUAAAUAAUGUAAACGCAAACAGGGUUUGAUAGCACUUAAACUAGUUCAUUUCAAAAUUAAGCUUUAGAAUAAUGCGCAAUUUCAUGUUAUGCCUUAAGUCCAAAAAGGUAAACUUUGAAGAUUGUUUGUAUCUUUUUUUACAAAACAAAACAUGACAAAAAUCCCCAAAAUAUAUAGACAUGAUGGAGAAGGAAAAAGAAUGUUCUUUUUUUGUCUUAAAAAUGUUCUAUGUUUUGAAAUGUGGACAUAACAAAGGCUGUUAUUGCAUUAGGUCUAAGUAAACUGGAGUUUAUGUUAAAUUACAUAAGAUUGGAAAAGAAUGAAAUUUUUUUUAUUUUCCAUUGCUGUUCAAUUUAUAGUUUGAAGUGGGUUUUUUGACUCCUUGUUUAAUGAAGAAAAAUGCUUGGGGUGGAAGGGACUCUUGAGAUUUCACCAGAGACUUUUUCUUUUUAAUAAAUCAAAUGUCUUGACAAUUUGGGGUUUUAUCUGCACAGUUUUGGAAGCAGUCACAAAUGAGACCUGUUAUAAGAUGGUAUUUUUGGGUUUUUUUCUGGACAGUAUUGACAAGGAUCUGAUUCUUAUUUCCCAGGGAAAUUCUGGGUUCCCACAAAGUAAAAAAAAAAAAAAAAAAUCAUCAUAGAAAAAGAAUGAGCAGGAAUAGUUCUUAUUCCAAAAUUGUACAGUAUUCACCUUAAGUUGAUUUUUUUCCUCCUUUUGCAAUUGAACUGAAUACAUUUUUCAUGCAUGUUUUCCAGAAAAUAGAAGUAUUAAUGUUAUUAAAAAGAUUAUUUUUUUUAUUAAAGGCUAUUUAUAUUAUAGAAACUAUCAUUAAUAUAUAUUCUUUAUUUACAUGAUCUGUCCCAUAGUCAUGCAUUUUUUUGCACCCCAAAUUUUUUAUUAUUUGUAGCAGCAUGGUCAGCUUUUCUCUUGGUCUAUAGAUGAGGCUCAGGCACUAUCCCUUUUUUAUGUCAAUAACCAGUAUAUAACUACUUAAAACAGAUUAAACUUCAUCCUCUUUCUUUUUAUUUCUUUGUUUUCAUAUGAAUCCCCCUUCUUUCAUCUUCUUCUAUAGUUGAGAAUGGCUCAGUCAUAUGAAAUUCAUUACCAAGAUUAAGUCUACAAUUUAGACUAUCUUCCUGGUAUGCUCAUGAAUAAUAAUAAUAUGGGGGAAUAGAAACCAUAAACUUUUUACCUUUUUAAGCUAUUUAUCCAUAUCUCAAAAAUAAAAAUAGGACAUCAAACCAUUUUAAUUAACAUCAUGUCCCAUUUCCAAGUAGUCAGGGCUCACUCUCCAACUUUAUUAAAUGUCAUUCAAGCACAGGACACAUUCUUAAACACUUUGAAAAACAUCAACCCAAAUGUAGGGGCUAGUGCUAGUGAUCACUCUAGAAUCUGAUAUUUUAUUCAGUAUUUGAAAUGAAUGAUUAAUGUCCUAGGAAAUUAGCUUUAGCAAAUGUCCAGGUGCCACACCAAAAAAAGUGCAAUAGUUUACUGACAGUUUUCUAGAUUAGGCAUAUUAUUGGAAAGCAGCUUUAUAAAGAGUGAACAUUGUAUACUCUAGUAAAACAGCAUCACUUUAAAAAUAUUCAUUUAUGAAAUCUGUUACCUAUAAUAGAAGUCUUGAAUAGUGAACAAGGGACUCUAAUACAAAUACUCUUAAUAUCUGGCUAUUUUAGAACCCUUAAAGGGCAUAAUUAUUGGAGAUUUAGGUACUUCACUAAAGCAUGUAUAUAAUAUUUCCAACAAGAAAAAUAAAUUUGAAGAUUAAGGGAACUUAUUUCUGUAAACAGUCUUGGAAUAGUUAAGCAGAAUUUAAAUUCUGUUUUAAGCAGGAAACCAGAUCGAUUUUUUUUUGCAAUUAUAGAACAUUUCAUAACUUAACUAAAAUUUCACAAUUAAUAUUUUGUGUCAUUUAAAUAUAUACAGUUGAUAUAUACUAAUAUCCCAGUCUUUUCUACAUCAGGGACUGAUUAUAGGAAAAACUCAGCAAAAUGGUACAAAUCUAAAACUUUUGUGGUGGAAACUGAAGAUUUAACAGAGAACUGUGUUUUACCCGAGUGCCAAAAAGCCUUGAGCCUCCUUGCUCAAAAUUUAUGUAAGUUUUGCAUUUAUUUUCACAUCAUUCCAGAUAGUUGUGUCCCCUUCUCCCAAGACCUCUCCACCAUUAAAACAUACAGUCCACAUAGCUUAUUUUAUCAUUUACGUUUAUUUUGAAGAAUUAUUACAGCCAAAUAUUAUUUGAAGUGUAGACAAAUUCUAUAAAGAAUAUAGAUGAAGUGAUCUAAGAAAGAAAUAAGGGGCAGGUAAUGCUCAGAAAGUCAAAUAACCAAAAAUUGAGUUAAAUGCUACAUAGAUGACUAGGAUCUGUUUCAAGCCAGCAAUGACCAUAGCCACUUCUAGUUAUUUCAGUAUCAGAGAUCAGUUCCCAUGGAUUGGACAGUUCCUGUAGCCAACCGUCAUUGUCAGUGAAUAUGGUGUAACUGACUAUUGGCUCUGCAGUUUCAUUGGGUCACUUGAGAAAUAUUCCUUCAUUGGGUCACUUGAGAAAUAUUUUGGAGAAAAGAAAAAUGUCUAAAGAAAGUGAAACCUAAUUUUAAACACAUGGUGGCAAGAAAAAACUGUGAAAAUCAUGCUUUAACUUUUUACCAUAUUCUCAGCUAUACAAAAACAUUUAUUUUGAAGAUUUUUAGAUUGUUGUUAAUUUGAAAUCUGUUAAUCUUAUUGUAGAAUUUGGUUUUUUAAAAAAGAUAUUUCUAAUUGGAUUUUUAAAAGAAGAAUGGAAUUUGGUUGCUAUUUUAUGAUAGAACCUAAGUUUUUUGUGGUUCUUAGUGUCCUAUGUAAAACUUAGUGUCAAGGUGAUCAACUUUGAGGUUUUCCCUUCUAUUCUGCUUUAUAUUAAAAGCCCAUUGGGAAAUGGGAACCUGGUGAAUAUAUAAUGAAUUGUAAAAUAUUUUAAUGUGUAACUUUUUCAACUGUGAAAUUAUUGGUUUUUUUGAUGAAAACAGCUGCUGAUAAAGUAUUUUGUGUAAAGUGUAGUUCUUAUUAAUCAGGAAAAUGAUGACUUGAUUAGAUUGUAUAUACCCUCUUGGAUUUUAUUUUAAAUGGAUUAGUGAUUUUUACAUAGGUAAAACACAGUCCAUCUGUAUUCUUUUUUCCAUCAAAAACUGAAUGAUUUGGCAUUAUAAAAAAUAAUUGUGAGCAGCCUAUUUAAAAGGCACCAUGGAAAUUUCACAGCACAUAAAUUUUGGUUUGUUUCUUUCCUUAAUGAUUUUGUAAAUCUUUUUAAUUCAUAUUUUGAUCAAUAGCCCAUGCUUGCCAACUCUGAAGAAAUUUAAUUUCCAGCAGCAUUUUAAAGUUAGCCUGUUAACUGUUCCUGAAUAUUUUAAGUUCCUCUUGUUUCCGUGUCUGCACAAACUGCAGACGUGGGCUGGACCCACAUACUCAGUCCACCUUAAAAAAUUAUUUUGAUGUCCAAGACAUCACUAAAAUAUUUCAGUUUAAAGAUAAUAUGUGGUGUUAAUAGAUUGUGGUGCUUCUACUAUUUAAAGACAACUUUCAUACUUCAGAUGUUUUUGAGAAGAGCAGAAUGUGAAGGGUGGGGGCAGAAAAAGGAGGAUUCACUCGUUUGAAUGCAUUACAUUCUUUAUAUCCACGCAGCUCAGAUGGGGCAUGUCCAAGAGAAGGCUGAAAGUUGUGAGAGUAUAUUGUGUAUACUGUGAGAGAAUUAACUCUUCAUCAAGGAUAGGAUUGUGAAAACUAAACUGUAAAAUUCAGCACUGACAGCAUCAUCAGAUAAUCAUUCUUGGUGAAAGAAUAAUACAGCUGGGCUGUUUUUGAAAAUACAAACAAAACCAUUUUUAAUUAUUACAUUAAAAAUUGUAAAUAUCUCUUAUGUGCCAUGGCCUGGGAAGCCUGUUUUUGUUUUCUUCUUUAAAACUUUAUUUUCACUCUCUGAAAAGAUUAUGGGGUUUAGCUCAAGAUAACUGUGGUCCUGAUAAAAUCGGAUAACUCUACCUCAGAAGGUUAAUAGGGAAAAAUAUAAAUCUCACAGUCAUUGCUUCAGGCUCUGAUAUUACAGAAAUUUUGCAGAUCAUUGUAUUUUAAAUUUAUAAAGUCAGCAUUGGCAUGCCUUGUUUUUAAUGGUAUAGAAGACAUUAAGAAAAAAAUUUGGCUAAAAUGUAAUCAUUGUUACAGCCAUUUGGAAAAUGCUCUAGUGUGAGGAAGUUCAUGGUACUAAGCUCUUGAAUUUGGCAUCUGAAAUUCAUUUUGUUCUCUUUUCUCUAUUAUUUUAGUGCAUUUGUUGUGUGUAUACUUGCACAUUUCUAUUUGUAUACACACUGCUUGCUAGGCCUGGUCAAGAGGCAUCUUUUAUAAAAGAUAUAAACAAAUACCAAGGUUCUAAAAUUCAGAAGAGUUUAGAAUUUAUUAGCAGUCUCCCAAGUUGGGAUGUUAGUUUUUAAAUAAACAUUUCAUUCAAGUAUUACACUUGAUUAAGGUUUUACACUUCCUUUUUAUUAGUGCUGUACAUUCCUUUUGCUUGGUUUUAGGUAUGUUAAUAUUUUAUCCCUGCUAGUUAGCAUAAAGUGACAGGUGUGAGCCAUAAGGAAAUUUCUGGCUUAAUUUUUACACAACUACAUAUAAGAGUUUUAGUGGAGAAAAAAAGUAAAAAUUAGUCCUCUGUACAUAUAGUGUAGUUAGGUAAAUGAUUUUCACUACCAACAGUAUACUCCAUUCCUCAUAUAGGUAAGUACAGAAAAGGUUUUUAAAUGCAUUUUGCAAACCAUUUAAGUCUAUGAAUCUAUCUGCAACCUUAUAUAAUCUGUCACUACAAUUAUUUUGUGGUUAUGCUAAGAACCAUGUAUAUUUUUAGGUAUACCUAUUUUUGUUAAUUUUUCUAGAGUAGCAAGGAAGCAGAAAACCUUCAUUGUUUUAUAUUAAAAUAUAAUGACUAAACUUAAUUCUAAUAUGAAUUUCUAAAUGUGGUCAUUAUCUAUUGAUUUCAUAACAAAAAGCCCCUUAUUAGAUUCAAUUAAGAGUGGUGGGAAGACUUGGUCUUCAGCUGAUUUCUACAAAUGUUUUCAGCUAUGGAACCCAAGUUUCAAAUGAAGUUAAAUGCUUUCAGUGUGAUUCAGUCCUCAGACUUAAUUGGAUUGAAUAAAAUCUAAAAAAUAUAUCCUUUUGGAGCAUAACAACACUUUAAUAUCUUGGGGAAUGUUACACUACCAAAAGAAGACUACUUACUAACACAUCAAAUGUUUACUUUGGAAGCUUCAACAAGGGGUUUGAACCACCCUUUUUUGUCCCUAUAAUUGUAGCAAUUCUAUUUCUCUAUAUUUCGUCAUUCAAUGAAUUGAAGUCCUGUGGUAUACUGCAUUAGUUAGAAGAAAAAUGUUUUUAAUGUUCUUUUAAUGAUGGCCCAAAAAGAAUGUGACACAGCAAGAUGCAUGUGUUAUUAUAUUGAGAAUAUAGAAUAAUACAGUAUCACUAAAUUUAAGACCUCUUCCCAGUCUUGCUUUUCCUAGCAAGAAGUUUGGCCUGUGACUGCACUUUUGUUUGUGCUCAUCAGAAAUUGUCAAUGUCUGCUUUUCUUUAACUUUGCAGUCUGUAACAUCACGCUGUUUAUUAAAAAA